GGGGGCGCGGGGACUUCCUGGCCCGCCCACCGUGGGGAGGCGGACUUUGGCGGACUCCGGGAGCCUCUUCCCGGCGGGUUCAGAGGAGCGGAGGAGGGAGGCGGCUCCGGGCUGGUCUUCUGCAAGCAGGGAGAAGCCUCCUUAACCCAGAUUCCUAAAUUCUGUCUGUAUAAGCCACCUUCUCUGCCUGUGGACUUCUCUGAAAACAACUGGCCACUGCCAGGUCAGGCGGCAGUGGAAAAUGGCAGUAGAGUGGGGCGAUGUGUCGACACUGGGCGUAAAGUUAAAGUCUGCCCCCUGGACUACGAUUAAGGUUGAGGAGCCGGACCCAGAAACGGAGCAGAGUCUGGUUCUUGAGAUCCAGGAAGGGGGCACUAGAGGAUUCUGGGAAAGAACCGUUCCGCCACAGGCAAACCGGGAAGGCAAUGAAGAGGUGCAGCGGAGCUGGGAAGCUCGACUUCAGGGCUUUGUGAAGGCUCUCGAGUCCCCUCAUUUGGACGGGGGCCACUCUCAACCUCCACGGCCCGCCCCGCAGGACAAUUGUGUCAGGGAAGUGGCCAGAGGACAAAGGGCCACCAAACUCCCGCCAGGCCUCUGCUUAGAGGAGUCGCACAAAGCCCUGCUGCCCCAAGAUGGGGCAGGCGGCGGGAAAGUGAAGGAAGAGGCCCCAGAGGGGGAGACGGUCGCCAAGGAUACUCUGCGGCUGCGCUUCAGACAUUUCUCCUGCCGCGAAGCAGAGGGGCCGCGGGACGUGUGCCGGAGGCUCCGCAAACUUUGCCACCGGUGGCUGAAGCCCGAAAGGCGCACCAAAGAGGAGAUUGUGGAGCUGGUGGUCUUGGAGCAGUUCCUGGCCCUCCUCCCGAAAGAAAUCCAGAGCAGGAUCAGGGCCUGGGACCCAGAGACUUGCUCGCAGGCAGUGGCCUUGGCGGAAGAUUUCCUGAUGAGGCAGCGGCAGGAUGAGGAGGAAGAAAAGGAGGAGGUAGCUGUGUUUGAUAACUGAGUUGGUCCUCGUUCGGC